CAGACGGGCUCCGAUGUGGAACGCGACGCAGCUCGAGUGGCCUGCUUACCUCCAGCCAACUUGCUUUUGCCUUCAGACAGCCCAGUGGUUCAGAUAGCAUGCGGGCUGCACCACAGCGUCCUCCUGCUGCAGAACGGGCAGGUGUUGACCUUCGGCUCGAACCUGUAUGGGCAGCUGGGAUGCGGAGACAUUCUGGCCAAGAAUAGCAUCCAGUCGGUCAAGCUGCCGACCAGCGCUGUCCAUGUGGCUGCAGGUAGCAACCAUACGGUCAUCCUGAGUAGCAAAGGCGAGGUUUUCACCUGUGGGAAUGCUGAGAAAGGCCAGCUGGGGCGGUUGCCUAGUCCAGUGGGGCCAGAAAGUUCCCAACUGGGGCAAAGUUCCAGCAGCUCUCGCUAUGCCAAUCCGCGGACGCCUUGGUACAGUAUUGCAGGAGCGAUUCCCAAUGUGGGGCCCAGGCAAGGCAGGCGGGCCACAUGGGUGGGAGCAUCGGGCGACCAAACCUUCCUCAAACUGGACGAAAGCCUCAUCAACUCAGUCAGCCUCAGUAAAUCAAUAGUAACAGCAAACAAGCAUUGCAUAGUUUUGUUCCCCAACUACGAAAUGCCUGCGAGGAAUUUCAAAAGCCUGGUGAUCAACAAAAAGGACGGCAAUUGCCACUCGUUUAAGGGCGAUUAUCAGGAGGAUUUCACCACGAAGAUGCUGUGCAUGGACCCGAUCUACAACAUCCUCUGGUCCUACGACGCUUCCAAGCACGAGGUGUGCUGUUACAACAUCAUCGCCCCCUACUUGCAAAGUUCCCUGCUGGUUUCCCACUUGAACAAACUGUCCGGGGGCAAGGGCCAUUUGGAUGUUAAAGUGCUGCUCGAUCAGCACUGGCAGGAGAAAGAGGCCGAUCUGAAUAACAUCCUGAAGCCGGAGUUGGCUUUGCCUGUUACUGCUAACUGCCAAGUCACCAGAUUCCAAGCCGCUCUGAACCUCCUCUGCUGCCUGGACACCUUAACUAUUGCCCACAAUCUCCAAAUAUGCCCAGUCAAAGAAGAGGUUGAUGAGCGCCAAGUGGUCACUGGCAAGCAAUACUCCAAAGAGGACUUUCAGGCACUGAGGUGGUGGAACCGAUCCACAUCCUCUCCAAGGAAUUUUCGCGAACCGUCACUAAAGAGUGCUUCCAAAGCCUGCUUUCCCUACUCCAAUGGUCCUGGAACACCUUCAAGUGGGGCAUCAUGGAGGGCUCGGCCGUGAAGAACUUCUACACCAACUUAGAGCUGGAAAGGCUGGUCUACAUCAGCACGUCCAGUCUGAGACUCUUGUGCACCUACACCAAUGAGAUUUACCCCCGGCAAGUGACCAGGAAGUCUCCUCUGGAGAACGUCCAUCUGGCCAAGUGUAUUGGGGACGUGCGAUCGCUGCUGAAGCAAAUUUUAUCCGACAACGUCCCCCUGCAGAUGCAAAGCAAGAAAUCCUGCAAAUCCAAACCGUAUAAUCUGAGCCUGAUGAACCAGAUACUGCAUGAGUGCCACAACACCUUCGUCAGCUGCUUCCAUGCCUUUUACCCCACUGCUUACCUGAAGUGGACCUGUUUGUGUGAUUUGCUUGCGGAGACUGACGAGGCAUACAACCCGCAUAGCUCCUCCAACACUCAAAUGCUCCUGAGCGCUGUGCUAUGCGCUCUGAGCUCCCCAUCGAUCCGACUCAGAAGCACGUUCCCUCUGCUGGGAUCCAGCCAAAGUGCAGACAACAGCUUCAAUCGCGGCCUGAGCCCGUCGGACAACACCGGCCAUCCGAUGAUGAGCGUUAGUGACAGUCACAGUUAUCCGAUCCUGGUCGAGCAGAUGAGCUACAGAAGCCAAAUGGAAUCCAACUACACCGGCCUGUCCUGGACCUGGACGGACGUUCUGGAGCGGCUGAUCAAUCUGGUGUCCGAUCCGAUAGUGAGAGUUUUGCAGAAACAAACCACCAUCGCCCCAAGUGAUUUAUCCAAGUACUGCUGCAAUCUUUUGGGCCGAGUUCUAGCGGAGCUGGUUCACCAAUGCAGCCUAACCGAUCAACCCGGUGGAAUGUGGCAAAGCCGCCACUUGCAAGCUGGAGUACCAGGCGAGAAAAACCGCCCUAUCAAUGACCAGCUCCAUAAUAGAAAACGCCUCCAAACUGCUGAUGCUGGCCAGAGAAAAAGUGGAGGAAAUGUCUUCGGCCAGCAUUUUAAGCGAGUCUUGCGUAGUGACGAUUCUCAUGCCCAUCGUUCUCUCCCACAUCAGCCCCUUGGCUUCCAGCGACCCCAAGAGCGCUGUUCAAGUCUUGGGGCUGAUCCAGGAGCUUCUGCCUCACGUUUCAGCCCUAAAUCUGCUGGGCUCUUCCACGCCCAGCCUCUCGAGCAAUCGGGCCCUAAAUGCCUCAAACUUUUCCAACCAAGAGGGAGGCGACAGCAAAACGACCACCACUAGCAACCAUUGCACUUGGGUUGAAAGCGAGCAUCCCUACAAGCCGGCCACAGUUGCCAACUAUCGAGUGCGGUUUCCCUGCUGCGUCAAAUGGAUGUCGUUGGAGUUCGAUGCUUCCUGCUCAACAGCUCAACCAGAGGACUCACUGCAACUGUAUAUUCCUGCCUUUGAUUUGCCUUCCCCUUUCCUGUCCAAAGGAGACGGGACGCUGAAAAGCACCCUCAACGACCUGGAUUUGGCCUCAUCCCCUUACUGGCCAGUCCUGCAUAAGUUCAGCGGCAGCCUGCAGUGGCCCUCCAAUGCAGUGAUUCUGCCAGGAAAUGAGGUGGUUUUCUCACUGGAAACCGCCUCCGACUACUUGAAAGACGAUCGAGCCAGUCCCUACGGGUUCAAGUGUCUGGUGAUUGGAUAUGAGUGGCCUCCCGAUCACUCCUCCUUCUUUGGUUUGAAGCACCUGGAGGCUGAACUGGCGUUUUUGGGCGGAAUGUGCGCCGCCAGUUUGAUGAAGAAAGACCUCAUGCUUCCGGUGAUUGGAGUGCCCAUUCGAAUGAGCGUCUGUUCCUGCGGGAUUUGGUGGGAUGUGUGGCAGGAUCCAGUGGAGGUCGCCUCGCCCAAUGGCUCCAGCCUGGAAGUCGAGCCGAACCCUCUCUAUGCAGAGUCGUUUGCGGCAAAGAUGAUCUGCGCCAAGGUUGGCCAGCUAUUGUGACAGUGCUGACCAGAGAUCAGUAUGGUGAAGCUGUUUACGUGCCCAAUAUGAAGGUGGAAGUGAAAGCCAUUCCAAUAGAUAAAAAAGAGCUGGGUGACUGCGAUGCUGGAAGGAAAAUUCGAAGAGUUAGCCAGCCGGAUCAUGCGGCAUUGGGAGGCGUGCCGCCUCCUCCUCUACAUCAGACCUACGAGCCAACCAUUAGGGACAAGAUGCGGUUUCACUCCAUCACGGUUAUGAAGCCAUUUCAUAACUACUCCUUUGAGGAGUUGAGGUUUACGUCGCCGCAAAUAAAACGAUCGAGUGAAACCAUGUUGGUGAGAGCUAAUGUGGAUGGAACGUACAGCGCCACUUGGACUCCGGCCUCUGUAGGCUGCUAUUCUAUUCUAGUCAAUAUUGAUGGCUACGAGAUGGAAGAAACCUUCAAAGUUGAGGUAAAAGAGCCCCCACAAGGGAUGAUUCCUCCCAAUCAAAACACUAGCAAACAGUCCAGCAACCAGCCCAGCAAAGUGCGGAAGUUCAUCGCUAAAAACUCCGCUGGACUGAGAGUGAGGGCGCAUCCCUCCUUACAAAGCGAGCAAAUUGGCAUUGUUCAUGUAAACGAAACCAUCGUGUUCAUAGACGAGAUCCACAACGAUGAUGGCGUUUGGCUUCGACUAUCAGCGGACACAAUUCGCCAGUAUUGCGAAUCGCACAUAAUCGAGGCGUGGUGCCUUCAAUACAACCAGCAUUUGGGCAAAACGCUUCUUCUACCGGUGGAAGAACCGAAGAGCAUACUGGAACAGGUGAUUACCGAUACCAUUAUGCGAAAGCUGCCGGAAAUCCAGGAUAAGUCCAAAGGCUCACAGAACUGUUACAAGGUUAUCAAGUGCGGAGCUUCUGGCCAUAAUGUGAGGAGCAGGGCGAGCCUGAAGGCUCCUCCUGUCGGUAUGUUGGUGUUGGGCAAUCGCAUUGGAGUCAGCGAGUACAUUGUUAACUCGGAAGGCUGCUGGGUUCUGCUGGAUAAAGCCACACGUGAUAAGUACUGUUCUAACAUAGAUGGUGAAGCCUGGUCUUUGGCGGUCGGGUCCAACAACGUUCUUUACUUGGACAAUGUGAGCGAACCGGACAAUGCAAAGCUAUCAAACGACACCCUGAAGCAGGGAUUCCAAUUCAAUUACCCAAAGCCGAAUGGGGCCGAUUUCACAUUCUCCUGCCAGAGCAGUUCGUCGACGAUGAAAUGCCAUUCCGACGAAAUGUGCUCGUCCAACCCCUUCGUCUUCGGGGAGAGCCUGGAGGGCGACCCCCCCAAAGUCCCCAAACGGGAGCGGAAGAACAGCAAGUCCAAGUUUCGGCCCAAGCUGACUAGAAGCGAUGGACAAGCAAAUGAGGGUUUUUCGGAUAUUUCCCCCAAGCCGCUACCGGAACUGGGCUCAAAUGGCAACGGAACGCCGCCUGAUACUCCCAAGAGAUCCCACAGUCCCAUGCCGAGCACUUUCUCCCCAAAGCCUAUGAGCAGAAGUUCCAGCCCCAUUGCCCCAGCGAGUCGCGUUUUUCCCCUAGAGAGUGCUGGCUGCAGCCCGCCAUUGUACGGAUCUUCGCGAAGCAUCGGCGUCUCUCCACUAGCCGCCGCAGGCCAAGACGCAGCCAGGCGAGGCUCAAACCAGUCCGAUACCAGCGCACUGAUUAGCAGCCUGACCAGGGACUUAUCCCAGUCGCAAUCGCCCAGCCAAUCAACUCAGCCCAGAGGCUUAACGCCCAGUCCUACCAGCCCAGGCCCAAUGAAAAGGGACGCCCCGAAUGGAGAGGCAGUGGGCAAGCAACUGACGCAAACAGGCACCCAGACGUCCCCGGAGGCCGCCGUUAAUCCCCCAGUGAAAUCGCACUUUUCUAUAGGGAGUGGAAGCAAAGAGGAGAAACUGUCCCCCAAGUUGCUGCGCAAGGAUAGGGCGACCACCAAGAGUCGCCCCAAGAGGGCGAUUUCCCCUGCCAAUAUGUCCCAACUGCCAGCUGCGCCCAAGGUUCACUACCAGGCUAAGCCUGUGAAGGAGGCAAUGAGUCCUUCGGUUGCCGAGGCUUUGAGGGCCGUGUUUGCUGCCUUCGUGUGGCACGAGGGAGUUGUCCAUGACGCAAUGGCAUGUGCCUCGUUCCUAAAGUUCCAUCCCACUCUCCCCAAGAAGGGCGCUCAAGUGAUCACGCGCCAUCAAGAAACUCCCCUAGAGAGGAGGCGAAAGGAGCUGACUAAAGAGGAACGCGCUAGACAAAGACACUCUGUUGAGGUGAGCAAUGCUGGCAACUACCUGCACAUCCAGCCCUCCACUCUGGAAUCGUUAACGCGAUCAGCAGCCAAUGCGAGCGCCAAUCGCAACCGAUCCCGGAAAAUAACCGACGAGAUGAUAAAGGAAGAAACAGGCGAUCCGGGCUACACUUACCAGACCAUAUCGGUGCUGCCCCCUGCCCUUAAGAGCCUGGUCUUCCUGUGGGAAGAACUGACCAGCAAUUGCUUGCAGCAGAUGAAUGACCAAGCAACCAGUCCCAAUAAGGACAAGGGUGAGCGGCUGGAGAAGCUGGACGCGAAGAUGAAGAACAACAGCAUCGAGAAGGAGAGCAAGAGGAGCAAGAAGAAAAAGGUGCCGCCAAGGAACUACCUGGAAGAUAUAGGACUUACGUCCUACUUGCACUCGGGGAAUGGGGACACUCUAUGCGAACUAUGUGGGGACUCGUUUCCCCAUCCUGUGACUUACCACAUGCACCAAGAACAUCCUGGAUGUGGCCAACAUGCUGGGGGCAAGGGAUUCAACUCGGGGGGCAACUAUUGCCUUGGAUGGGCAGGCAAUUGUGGCGAUGGCGGUGUUCCUGGAAGCUCCUGGUACCUCCUAUGCGAGCAAUGCCGUGAAAAAUACAUGAAAAACAUCAGAGGCAAUAAGCAGCAGCCUUCUUCGAAAGCCAAAACCCUCUUCCACCGGAAACCCGUUUCGAUGCGUUCGUUACCCUCGUCGGGCGAACAUCACAUUACGAUGAAGAACAACGCCAUGUUCCUGCUGGAUUUGGCCAGUUCAGCAGAUAAUGGCCUAGGCAAUCAAAGGAGGGCAUCCGGAGGAACGAUGCCUUCGGUAUCGGAAAAUAUCACGCCCCCUGACUGUUCGGGACCUUUCGCGCCUCUGCCUCCGUUCCAAUGCUUGCAAGCCUUAGGAGGGACGCACUUCUUUGACGAAACGGCUUUUUACACAGAAAUGUUCCAUCAGCAGAAUUUUAUCGGGGGCUUUGGAAAUGUGCCUUCCACAUCUGGGCAAAGACCGCUCUCUGAAGCCUCUCUAUCCGAAGCCGAGCCAGAUGCAGCCAAAGGAAUGAGAGUCCAUCGAUCAGUUUCAAUGGGAACGAAUGGUAUUCCAUGGGCCAAAACUGGAUACGAUGGUAGGAUUAUAAUGAUGAGGCGGCGAAACAACAGCAACUCCGAACUGGCUGGAGAUGGAGGUUCGUCGCUUCUAUGCAACCCAUCGCCUGCCCUUCAAAGGCUGCUGCCCAAAGAGCAGGUUUCCUCCAUUGUGAAAAACGACCCGGCCGAGGACCGCGAGAGUUUGCAUUUGCUCCAAAGGCCCGUUUUGCAGUUUGUGGUCCAGCAACACGAUCUGGACUCUUUGAGGAAUUGCAUGAAACAAGCCCUGAGGAAAGCUAUGUGUAGAGUCUACGCAAUGCAGGCCCUAAACUGGCUGCUGCGCUCAGUCACGCAGCCAAUUUGCCUGCAUGAUCUCCUCUGGUGGUUCGUAACGUCGCUGACUCCCAUAGAAGUGGAGAUGGAAUCGGAGGAGGACAAUCGACCGCCGAAGAAAUCGGAGGAGGACUUGAAUGUCUGCGAACAUCCCCUAUCGGACAUUUCCAUAGCAGGUGAAGCGGUGCAUCCGCUACCAGGAACGUUUCAUGCCCUCCUCCAAACCAUCGCCCAAAUAAUGAUUCUGCUGCCAAUGGGGUCGCCGCUCCAGCAAAUCGCCGUGCGCUGCUGGGGCUUGAGGUUCGCUCCUGCCGAUCACAGUUUCCUCCACCGCUCGCAGGUGUUCAGCAACAUCAGCAAGAUCCUGUCCAGGAGCGAAGAAAUGGAGGAUUUUACGGUUUCCAUGCACGAGAGCGCGUUCACUCAACCCACAGCCUCAGUGGAGUGUCUCAAGGAUCUCACUCAGCUGGUGGACAUUCGGGCGUCCAGUCGACAGGCAAUGGUCGGAAGCUUAACGGAUGGUUCAACGGAAACCUUCUGGGAAAGUGGCGAUGAAGACAGAAACAAAACGAAGAGCAUCACGGUAGUUUUCGCACAUGGACACCAUCCGGUGUUGGUCUGCGUCCAUGUGGACAACUGCAGGGAUCUUGGGAACAAGAUCUCCACCAUAACAUUUCUGUCUGGGCAAAACACUGAUGAACUAGUGAAGUGGCGGACAGUGGAAGUGGAAACGCGACUGCUGGGCGGAUGGGUUAAUUGCCCCAUAACUGAACCAUCAGACAACGUGCUGCGCUUGGAGCUGAAAGGUCCCGACAAUUCCGUCCGACUGCGCCAAAUACGCAUUCUAGGCAAAGUCGAGGGCGAUUGCUUGAAAGUGGGGAAACUCUACAGUGCGGCCACCAUCCAGCAGCGCAACUGCGAGUCGGAAACCCUCAGAGUCUUUCGACUAAUCACAGCUCAAGUUUUUGGCAAACUGCUGCAUGGCGAAGAGGGGCCUCCGUCCAACAACGAGAACAAUCUCUCGCCAAGUGAGGGAACUGAGCCACUGGAGGAGAGCAACGAUCUUCGGGAGCACAUGGUGGGAAUCCUCUUCAGUCGCAGCAAGCUCACCCACCUGCAAAAGCAGGUAACCGUUCACAUAGUCCAAGCAAUUCGCAAGGAGACAGAGAGGGUGCGCGACGAAUGGGAGGCGAAUCUGAGCGGAGCUUCCGCUGUCUCCUCCACCAGCAGCUCGGACAUAGCCAAAAGCUCCGACACUUACUGCUUUGAAAUGCUCUCAAUGGUCUUGGCUCUAUCAGGGAGCUCAGUGGGCAGAGCCUACUUGUCCCAUCAAGGCGGAUUGCUGGGCGACUUACUCACGCUGCUUCAUACAGGAAGCGCUCGCGUCCAACGACAAGUAACCUCGUUGCUUAGGAGGAUGCUCCCGGAAAUCACUCCAGAGUUUUUCGCCAAAGUGGUGGGCGUGUCCAGCUUACCACCAAAAGACUUCAACAUUGUCACCGUGGUGAACAAGGAUGCGAAUUCAUUCAAGUUUGAAAUUAGCAAGCCGGGUAUUCUGGAUAUAUUCCUGAGCGUCAUCGCCAAAACGCUUACCUUGCAAGUGAAGAUGCGUGGUAAGUCGGGCAGUGGCGGCGCAAGCAAGGAAAUCAGCACCGUCACAUUGGGCUCCUGCCUGGACGCCUCUGAUGACAUGGGGCUCAGAUGGUGGUUGAGAGGCUCGACCAAUCGGAAGCUAUCGGAAGUGAUGAUUCAGCUCAUCACUGAUAUGUCAGCGGGGAAGAUGUCUGAUGUGUGGGCGAACAUCACCAAAGGAGCCAUAGCGGAGAAUGUUUUAAACCUCACUUGUCUGAGUGAGGAGCAGAGAUCGCCGAGCACCUGCCUGAAAACUCCAACGCUUUGGUUGGCGCUGGCGUCGCUUUGUGUUCUGGAUAAGGAUCAUGUGGAACGGCUUUCGUCAGGGCAAUGGAGUAAAGCGGAAGGCCAACCAAUGCCUCCUCGCCCAAUGUGCAGUAAUCACGACGAUGGCGAAACCACUGCGAUGAUUCAAUGCAACCUUUGCGGAAAUCUAUGCGCUGAUUGUGACCGAUUUUUGCACUUACAUCGCAAAACUAGGGCGCACCUCAGACAGGUCUGCAAGGAGGAGGAGGAGGCCAUUAAGGUGGAGCUGCAUGAGGGAUGCGGCCGGACCAAACUCUUCUGGCUUCUAGCUUUGGCGGACGCGAGAACGCUCAAAGCCCUAGUGGAGUAUCGGGAUGGAGGCGCGCGAACUAAAGCAGCGGGAAUAACGGGAAUUUGUCGGUUCUGUGGCACCACUGGAAACUCGGGAUUGUUGGCCAUAGGCAAUGUAUGCGCCGACUCAGAAUGCCAGGAAUAUGGAAAGAACGCCUGUACGAAACUCCUAAGUUGCGGCCACAUGUGCGGGGGAACCUUUGGAGAAACUCAAUGUCUUCCUUGUCUGCACGGGUGCUCAAACAACGCCUCUUUGCGCCAAGACUCUGAUGACAUGUGUAUGAUCUGCUUUACUGAAGCCCUAUCAUGUGCCCCAGCUAUUCAGUUACAAUGUGGGCAUGUAUUUCACUUGCACUGCUGCAAGGCGGUUUUGAUGAAACGAUGGGCUGGACCACGAAUUACAUUCUCCUUCUCCCUCUGCCCCAUAUGCAAGCUCGAUAUCAACCACCCGACCUUGGAGGAGCUUCUAGAGCCGAUUAAAGAUCUCUACAAGGACGUGCGCCGGAAAGCCUUAAUGCGCUUGGAAUACGAAGGUCUGCACACUGUUGAGGCGGUGCAGACACCAGGAGCUCGAUUCUACAACGAUCCGGCCUCCUACGCCAUGGACAGAUACGCCUACUAUGUGUGCUUCAAAUGCAAUAAGGCUUACUAUGGAGGGGAAGCGCGUUGUGAUGCAGAUGCAGGCGAUUCGUACGAUCCUGCUGAACUGGUAUGUGGGGCAUGUAGCGAUGUGGCUAGGGCUCAGAUGUGCCCCAAACAUGGGGCCGAUUUUCUGGAGUACAAGUGCCGCUAUUGUUGUUCAGUGGCCGUUUUCUUCUGCUUUGGUACCACGCACUUUUGCAAUCCAUGUCACGACGACUUUCAACGGGUCACCAUUCUAUCCAAAGGAGAGCUGCCUGUUUGUCCUGCCGGGCCGAGAGCCACUCAGCUUGAGGGCGAUGAAUGUCCUCUUCACGUUAAACAUCCAGCUACAGGUGAAGAAUUCGCUUUGGGCUGUGGAGUGUGCAGGAACGCCCACACCUUCUAGGUCCUCUGGACUGGAUGCUUGUAAAGCACUAGAAGAGCGUAGAAGAGCUCCUGAUUGGAACACUACUUAAGCUUAAGGUUUUACAGUCGUUUUAGUUAAACCCUGCUGAGUUGAUCUUUAUUGUCACACCACAUGUUCCUCAAUACUGAAUUAACCAAAUAUAGCUAAUUCUAGA